AUGUCAAACCCAGCGAAACCAAUAUCCAUCAACCAAAAUCAAGACUAUGGUUCAACAUCCACACGACAAGAUAUAUCGAUACCUAUAAACGAACCAAAUUCAGAGAAUUCCUUUACACGAGAAGAACAUGUUGAAACCAUUGGCAACCUCUCUUUGAUACGCCGCGUUUUAUUUUCGACCAAAUUAAAUAUUUUGUUGAUACUAUUGCCUUUCGGGAUUGCAUCUCACUAUCUACGCUUUGAUGACACAAUAAUUUUUAGUAUAAAUUUUCUCGCCAUAAUACCAUUAGCUAAGUUGCUUGAAUUGGCUACUGAAGGUGUUUCGCGUAGGGUCGGCCAGGCAUUUGGUGGUUUACUGAACGCGACUUUUGGAAAUGCAAUAGAACUAAUAGUUUCAAUUAUCGCGUUGGCGCACGGUGAACUCCGAAUUGUUCAGGCUUCGAUACUAGGCUCCAUAAUCUCUAACCUCCUUUUAGUACUCGGAUUUUGUUUUUUGAUCGGAGGAUUUUACCACCGCGAACAGAAAUUCGAUCAAACUGUGGCGCAGACUAGUUCGAGCUUAAUGGCACUAGCGUGUAUUGGGUUGAUUAUUCCAGCUGCAUUUAACGUUCUGGAUUUGAGUCGUGGAACGGCAAUAGUUCUGUUGAUCGUCUAUAUACUUUAUUUGUGUUUUCAGUUAGGAACACAUGCUAAUCUCUAUGCUGAUGAAAACAAAGAAGCUGAUUCAUCGGAUGAUAUACCAAUGUCACUCAAGCAAUCAAUCUUUAUGUUAGCUUUUGUCACACUAUUCGUCACCUUCUCUGCCGAAUACUUGGUAGGAUCGCUUGAAGGACUCGUUGAACACUCGGGGAUAAGUAAAACAUUUGUUGGUUUUAUCUUGUUGCCAAUUGUCGGCAACGCUGCCGAGCACGUAACUGCAGUAUCCGCCGCGAAAAAAGAUAAGAUGAAACUUGCUAUUUCAGUUGCAGUCGGUAGUUCGAUGCAAAUUGCAUUAUUCGUCACACCGUUCCUGGUAUUGCUCGGUUGGGCCAUCGGUCAACCAAUGUCAUUAUACUUUCACACUUUUGAAACAGUAUUACUAUUUAUUAGCGUCUUCAUCACGAGUUAUCUCAUUCAGGAUGGAGAAUCCAAUUGGUUAGAAGGUGCAAUGUUGUUGGCCACAUACACUAUAAUAUCAGUAGCAUUUUUCCUUUAUCCAGAUGCUGCGGGUCCCUUGAGCGAUGAUGAAUUGCCGCUGCCGCCGCCGCUACUUCAGACAUCAAUUAUUUUAAAUUAG